CCUCUCCUUGCCAGGUGGCCUACCACGAUGGACAUAGCCAAAACUCGUGGACAACAAGCGUCGCAACACGGAGACCUAAGGAAGCGCGGAGGUGGGCUCGGCGGAGAUGGAGGAGGAAGAGAAGCUUUGGAGCUCGGAUCAGGCUUAGAUUUCGUCGCCACUUUGUUGUAGUGCUGCUCUCGCGGUGCACACAUCGUCACAGCAUGCACCUGCAUCGUGAAUUAGGGCUGUCUCUGAUAGUUACCGAACUCGUAGUGUCGUUUUCUAACUUGUGAUGGUUUAUUUUUAUUAUUUUAUUAUUAUUUUGGUUUCGUUUUUGUUUUUUGGUCUUUUAUCCGUUAGUUCGAUGGUUGUAUUGUUAUGAGGUUGGGGUUUACAGAGGACGAGUGCGUGAUUGCCGCUCGGUUUAGGGUUGCUAGUUCGCCAGUUCUCUGUCUGCCAUGCCAUCCCGGCAGCGAUUCUUCGUGGAGCUGAAGGAUGAGGAAACUACAGUCGUUUCAUGGAAGAAGCUGGUGUCGGAUGCGGAGGGGAAGCUGGUGUCUGCCAGAGUGUCGGACGCCCCCGCAGGCGCCAAUCCUGCAUUAGAAGCCCGAAUCGCACCUGAGAAGGGUGCUGGCUCUGUGACUGGAAACGACGAUCCACUACCUCAAGUUCCCAACAGAUUUAGCUCUGUGAUAGAGAGGAUUGAGCGUUUGUACAAGGGAGGAGAUAGUGAUGAUGACGGUGCCGAGGACACCCCUGACGAGGAUCAAUAUGACACUGACGAUCCUUUUAUUGAUGAUGAGGAACUGAAUGAGUAUUUCAUGGUGGAGGAGGCUAAGACAAAACAUACAGGGUUCUUUAUCAACAGAGGAGCUCUUGAGAAAAUAAGUGUACCAUCUCCAAGUCCAGCUGUGCAACCUAAGAAGAGAAGGCGUAGGGAAUCUAAGAAAGACAAAAAAGAUGAAAAAGAGGUUAAAAGACGAAUGAAAGGACGGAUAAUGCAAGGUUCUAGACAAUUUCCCUCGCAUUCACACAACUUUGCUGGAGGUGAGACACAGGUAUCCAACGAGCACACUUUGAACAAAGCUCAAUCAAGUGAUCCUGAGGAGAUUUCCAGUGAUAGUGACGCUUUUCGUCAAGGCUCUGCCGGGCCCUCAAGGGUUUCUUACAAGCAGGAAAAGCUAGAUUUUGCAGAUGUUGAUAACAAUGGAGGAGUCGUUGAGAGACUACUGGAGACAACAGCUAUGCUGAACACAGAAUCCGUUUUCGGUGGAGGGAGAAAUAUCCAAAUUAAAUCAGAGUACAGGUAUGGCUCAUCUUUCGAAGAGAAGAAGUGGAAACAGGCUGCUAGAGAACCGAAAGGAGUUAUGAAAGUUUCGGAAAGUUUGAAAAUGAAGAUGAUUCAACAAUCAGGGAAAGAGGACGGAGCUAAAGACUCUGACGGCGGCGCAGGACAUGCAGUUGCUGGUUACACGAAGUCAUUAUCACCAGGACCAAAAGAACCUAGUCCAGGAAGACGUGGGUGGCCUAAGGGUACGGUCAUGGAGAGGGCUAUCCAAGAUCUUAUCAAGAUGGUAGCAUUGCUUUGUCCCCCUUCACCUGAAGGAGAAGAGCAAGAGGCACUAUCGCAGCCUGGAGCGAAGGCAAAGCGUUUGCCGAGGGAAGUGAAGACAAGGCUGGCCAAAGUCGCAAGACUAGCGCAGGCGAAACAAGGGAAGGUUCCGGAUGAACUUGUGGAGCGACUUCAUGGCAUUUUAGGCCACAUCAUGCGUCCGAAUACCUUGAAGAGGAAUUUGAAAGAGAUGGUGGAGCAUGGGUUGUCAGCUAAGCAAGAAAAAGAAGGUCGGUUAUUAGAUAUUAAACGGGAAGUCACAGAAAUGGUGAGGAACCAAGUGACGAAGUUCAAGAAUGCUGAGGUACGAGAGGGCUCCUCAGAUGACUUCCAGGCAGGACCUUCGACAGUGGAGAAAGCAGGCUCAUCCGCUGAGAAAUAUAAGUGGGAUCAUGCUAUUGAGGAUCUUCUUUGCAAUCUUUACGAUCAGUAUCUGGAGGGAAUGGAUGAGCAUAAGGGACCGCAAAUUCGGAAGCUUUAUUUUGAGUUGGCGGAAUUAUGGCCAGAGGGUUGGAUGGACAAUAAUGGCAUCAAAGCUGCGGUUUUGCGAGCUAAGGAACGACAGAAGCGCCUCAACAAAUUGAACAAAAGUGUACCAGGGACCAAGGAAAAGGAAAGCGGGCUCCUCUAGCGAUGCGCUGAGAGCCGAGGACGAACUCAGAUACGGAUCUGGAGGAAGUUUGAUAAAUUAUACAAGUCAAAAUUCUGGUCACUCCUCGCUCAAACGUAGUGAUGAUAGUACCCCUGACGACGAAAACAAUUACAUUUCAGGAUCACAACGAGCAUGGCCUUUGGGUGAGAAAACUGGAAAGUACAAACAUUACCCUGACGAUGCUCUGAAGAGCUCCUUGAAAAUUAGUAAGGUUGAGUAUAAAGAGAAACCACGAGAAGGCACGAAGUUGAUGGGUCGUGUGAUUGAUAAGCACCAUUUAAUCAAGAGGAGGCGUAAGAAGCUGAAAGCUGGGACAGAAAUUGACCUAACUGCAUCCUCUUCGGUCUUUGAGAACAACCUCAGCAGAAGGGAUGAUGCAGAUACUGUUCCUCACAUUCCAAAGAUCAAGCCCAUUGUGUACGAUGGGCAAUUACAUGAAGGGUUGCUGAGAUCCUCCACAAAGGGAGCCCACUUUGAGUUGGAGAAAGCUUAACUUUUUUUCCUUGCUUAGAGCUGUGACUUCGAGCUGUAAAUCAUUUUUUGUAUAUCUAUAGCGUGCAAAUCGAUGCACUCAUUCUUUUGCAUUGUUUGCGUCCAGGAGUAGCCUCCCAGUUUGAGGCGAUAUUCACUGGGCACCUCAGGCGCAGUUUGUUCUUUACUGUUUCCUAUAAACAUUGGAAGUGCAGCGGAUUUUUCAUUGUUGAUUAUACCAUUCUGUGUUCAAGAAA